AUGUGGCCUUCCCAUUCGGCAUUCUGGGGCCUGAGCUUUGCUCUUCUCACAGCUGUCGCCGCCUCUCCUUUACAAAAACGGGCUCGAGGGCCAUGGAUGGCAAUCAAUGCCGACUUUCCAGAUCCUAGCUUCGUCCAAAGCCCAGACGGGACGUGGUAUGCCUUUGGCACUAACGGCAAUGGAAAGCGCGUCCAGGUAGCCACUUCGCGAGACUUCAACUCUUGGACUCUGCUGGAUAAAGAAGCACUGCCGACUCUUGCAGGUUGGGAAACAGAAAUAGACCAUUGGGCACCGGAUGUCAUUAGACGGAACGAUGGACGAUAUGUGAUGUACUACUCAGGCGAGGCCAAGGAGAUGGUAAGGCAUCACUGUGUUGGCGUGGCUGUAUCGGAAGGCACGGACCCAACAGGGCCGUAUGUGCCCAACCAGACACCGCUAUCGUGCCGAUUGGAUCAAGGAGGUUCCAUUGAUCCCGCCGGGUUCCUGGACAAGGACGGCAGCCGCUAUGUCGUGUUCAAGGUGGACGGCAACAGCAUCGGCCAUGGCGGUGACUGCAACAACGGCGUGGCCCCCUUGGUAGGGACCCCCAUUCUUCUGCAGCGAGUCGGAGAGGACGGCUUCACGCCGAUCGGCGAUGCGGUCCAGAUCCUCGAUCGUGAUGACAGCGACGGGCCCCUGGUCGAAGCUCCCAACUUGAUCCUGCACGGUGAUACAUACUUCCUCUUCUACUCCACCCACUGCUUCACAGACUCCAAGUACGACGUUCGAUGGGCGACGUCCAAGUCCAUCACAGGGCCGUUCGUCAAGACCGGAAAGAAACUCUUCCAGACCGGCGAUUAUGGGCUCACCUCCCCUGGUGGAGGAACUGUCUGUGGAUGUGGUGACAAGAUGCUUCUGCAUGCAUUCUGCGAGCCGAACAAACGAUGCACAUACGCGGCAAACAUCGCGAUCAACGGCAAUGAGGUGACCCUUUUGUAA